AUGAAGCUACCACAGAGACUCAUAUGCCUUAUUGUCGCUUGUGCCUGCAUGUCUAUGAUCGUUUCUAGGCUUUUAUCCUCGGGUGAUGCCUUGGUAUUGGAUGAUGAACAGCAACGAGGCGAAUACCGUGGGGUGUACCCAAACUACCGAUUGCAAGUUGCAAUGACUAUACGGGGACUUCCGGAGGAGUGCAGAUUUUCCGAGAAGAAGCCACCCAGUGAUGGGGGUCAUAUCAAUACAUAUGAUCUGCUUGCCGAGGUCGGGAAGGAGAAUGCUCGUAGUCCGGCAAUGACUCCAAAGCAACUGGACGGACCUUUACAAGUGUUUUUGAUUCCGUACACCCAUCUGGAUCCCGGAUGGAUAUGGACAGUAGACGAGUAUUAUGAAAAACACGUUAAGAAUAUUCUUGAUAAUUUAGUGAUUAAAUUGCCCCAAUAUGGUGACAUGACCUUCGUUUGGGCAGAAGUGGUGUUUCUAGACAUUUGGUGGAGAGGUACAACUGAACAUAAUAGGGCAACUUUCAAGAAAAUGGUCGAAAGGGGGCAAGUCGAGAUUGUUAAUGGCGGCUGGGUUGUCCCGGAUGAAGCCAACACGCAUUAUUUUGCCAUUAUUGAUCAGUUGAUUGAAGGUCAUCAAUGGGUUUUGAAGCACUUAGGCGUCAAACCCAGGGCUGGCUGGUCAACGAAUCCUUUCGGACAUUCAGCGACUAUCCCGUAUCUCUUCAGCAGGAGCGGUAUGACGGAGAUGGUGAUCGUGCGCGUACAUGACGCCAUCAAAGCGAGACUGCGCACUGAGCGGAAUGUUGAGUUAAGAUGGCGGCAGUCUUGGGAUUUACGAUCAGAUCAGUCUGAAACCAUGUGUCACAUCAUGCCAUAUCUUAACAACAGCUUCCAAUACUCAUGUGGCCCCGAUGCUGUCACAUGUAGCAAAUACGACUUCAAGGACCAGGGCCAACUGAUAGAUGACAAUAACGUGCAAAGUUACUCCAAGCAACUCGCUGAGCAGUUUAAAAAGAAAUCACAGCUUUUUCGUCAUAAUGUUGUAUUUCACACCAUCGGCGGAGAUUUUCGUUUUGAUACACCGCAGGAAUGGGAUGAGCAGUAUUCUAACUACAAACGAAUUAUGAAGUACAUCAACGGACACAAAGAAUUUAACAUGGAAAUAAAUUUCGGUACUGUCGCCGAUUACUUCAAGGCAGUCAAGAAAGCGCCGAAAUCAGAUGGAGGAAUGAGAACAGCUCAUGGCGACUUUCUCCCGUACCAUGAUGUUGGAUCUCAAUACUGGACGGGGCUUUACACAUCGCGUCCAUUUUGGAAACGGCUAGGUCGAGAGUUGGAGGGUGAUUUACGCUCUGCAGAAAUCCUCAAUUCGUUGUCAAAUAUUCUUCGGACUCGCUACCGAGUAGAUUUCAAGGCCAGUGAUGAUAAUUUGCGGAAGGUUACUCAGGCGAGGCGGGAGUUGGCAGUAUUUCAACACCAUAAUGCCAUCACUGGGACUUCUACCGAACGGACAGUGAAGGACUACGCCAAACGGUUGUGGCGAGCUAAAGCCCUAGCCCUGGAUAUCAGCAGAGUUGCGGCUAGCUACCUCCUUUCUCACGGAAAGUACGAGAAUUCGAGGGAUGAGAAACCAAUACUUAGUCCAUUUAAUUACAGGGAUGAUAGGGAUCACCUGAAUUCAAAGAAAAUCCUGCAACUUUCAUCUGACAAGCCUCAUACCGUAGUUUUCUUCAAUCCAACUACAACGGUUCGGAAGGAACUGAUUCGACUUCAUUCAGGUUCGUCCGGUGUUACAAUUAUGAAUGCAAAAGGGGAGACAGUUAGAUGUCAAAUUAGCCCAGUUUGGAAGAGAUUCAGCCGGAAGUUUACCCACACAUUCGAGUUGAUGUUCUAUGCUACACUGUUGCCGCUGGGUAUGGAGACAUAUCACAUUAAACUUGCCAAGAGCAAUUUCACCACUUUUUCCCAUGUAAACUUUCGGAACAAAUAUAGGAAAAAAAGAGAAGAAUUUACGAUUCAAGGAGAUAAUUUGCAUGCGGAGUUUGACAAAAGGGGUUCAUUGAAAUAUCUGAAAAAUGAAAGAGACAAGGAUGGCAUCAACAUCACCAUGAGUUUCCAUUCGUACAACUCGAUUGGGAGCGGCGCCUACGUCUUCAGCGCGCAUGGUACCCAAAGGUUCGACGAUCCGACUUACGUGAUCAAAGUGAGUGGUCCGCUUGUGACCGAGGUUCGGGUGGGGUUCGGCAUCAUUGAGCACAAUGUCAGAAUCUUCCACACCGAGAACACUCUGGGUUCAGCUUUAGAAAUAGAGAACUACGUCGACAUGACUGGGAUAACCAAAGAUACAGAUAUCUUCAUGAGGUUGGAUACUUCGAUUGAUAAUUCGAAGUACUUGUACACGGAUUCAAAUGGAUACCAGAUGGUACGCAGACAGAGGCAGAAUUCGUUUCCAGUUUCUGGUAACGUGUACCCGAUCUCUGAUGCGUGCUAUAUCCAGGAUAAGACUACGCGGUUAUCACUUCUAGCUGGUCAGCCACACGGGGUGGCAAGCCUCCAAAAGGGGCAACUGGACGUCUUCUUGGACAGGAAGAUAUUCCAUGACGACGGCAAGGGGCUUGGCGAAGGAGCGAAAGACAACGUCCAAACCGUGAGCAAGUUCUUCCUACUUCUCGAACGGCCGAAAGAUAACAUCCUGGACGAACAGGAAGUCAACCGCCUCUCGUAUCAGUCUCUUGUUAGCCAAUCAUUGCUGAACCACCUCCUACACCCGGUCGUAGAUUUCAUUGCCGACAAACCGCAGCGUAUCGUAAACCCGAUAUUUGCUCCACUCGAAACACUUCUCCCCUGUGACGUAGACCUGGUGAACUUCAAAACCAUGGAACCAGUUUCCCGAGCUUCACCAAAGGAAACGGUGAUGAUUUUGCGCAGACGUGUUUUCCAGUGUUCCUUCUCUGUUUACGACUUGAAUUGUCCGUUGAAAUCAGGAGAUUUUGACGUGCAGAAUCUGUUCCGUGAAAUCAGGUUCAAGUCUGUUCAAGAAAUGUCGUUGUCCCUGAUGUAUGAAAAAGAUCAUGGCAACUCCAGUGGAGUGAUCCGUCUCCAUCCUAUGGAGAUGGCUGCUUAUAAAGUACUUAAUUAA